UUGCAGCUGGGCCGACGGAGCAGCGCCAGAGCGCGAGCGGGCAGCCUCAGCAGCAGCAGCAGCAGCAGCAGCAGCGCCGCCAGCCCUUGCUCGUGGCUCGGCUCUGGCGCCAUGCAGGCGUGGAGGGAAGACGAGGAGCUGAACUGGGGAUGCCCCGCCGCGGAGAAAGGCAGCUAGCCCGGCAAGAGGAUGGCGGCGGCGGCGGCGGCGGGCUGCAGCCGGAGCAGCAGGGAGGCACGAGCGCCUUUGCGCCAGCCGUCGUGGGCUUGGGCUGCCCGGGCCGGGCGCUGGGGAGCCGGGGCCGGCGCGGCGUUGCUGGCCGCUCUCUGCUACCUGAACUCCCUGCGCGGCGAGUUCGUGCACGACGACGUGUGGGCGAUCGUCAACAACCCGGACGUGCGGGCGGGAGCCCCCCUGGCGGCUGCCUUCGGGAACGACUUCUGGGGCAAGGGCAUGGCCGAGAACACCAGCCACAAGUCCUACCGCCCGCUCUGCGUCCUCACCUUCAAGCUGAAUAUAUUGCUGGCUGGGAUGAAUCCCUUCUAUUUCCAUGCCAUGAAUGUAGUCCUGCAUUGCCUGGUGACGCUUGUGCUGAUGUAUACUUGUGACAAAGCCGUUUUCAAGGACAGCCGCCUGGCUUUCGUCACGGCCCUCUUCUUUGCUGUCCACCCAAUUCACACUGAGGCCGUAACAGGUAUAGUCGGCAGAGCAGAUGUCUUGGCCUGUCUUCUAUUCCUUUUGGCUUUUCUCUCCUAUAAUAGGAGCAUGGAUCAGCUUUAUGUUGGGGAACAUUUCCCUCCCACUGCCUCUCUCUUCUUUUUGCUGCUGAGUUUGUUUCUUGGGACCUGUGCAAUGCUGGUAAAGGAAACGGGGAUCACCGUCUUUGGUGUCUGCUUGGUAUAUGACAGCUUCCUGCUUUCACAAAAUAGACUCCGACCAAAAAAUGGAGGGGUGCAUCAGAAGAUUUCUCGGCAUCCUGCGGUUCCCCUACAUACUUCAUUGCAAUUUCCAUCAUCCAGUAGGGAAAACGGGAAGCACCGCGUUGCUCACAAGGGGACCUGGAAUUCUUGCCACCCUGCACCGCUGGAAGAACGGCAGCACAACAGCCUUUCUGUCUUGAGCAAAGUUGUAUGGGCUGUACUAAGUUAUCUGACCAUAAGUAACAAACAGAAGUUCUUAUACAUCACAAGACCUUUUUUGAAAAGGGCUGCCUUGGUACUUUCUUAUGUGAUCUUACUUUUGUAUUUUCGUCUCUGGAUAAUGGGAGGUUCUAUGCCAGCAUUUUCAGAACAGGAUAAUCCAGCUUCAUUCUCACCGCAUCUUCUUACAAGGUUUCUGACUUAUUCCUACCUUCUGGCCUUCAAUGCCUGGCUUCUGCUCGCUCCAGUUACUCUGUGCUAUGACUGGCAGGUUGGGAGUAUCCCUUUGGUUGAAUCAAUCUGGGACGUGAGGAAUUUGGCCACAGUUCUCCUGGCGGUGGUGGUGAUGCUGCUGGGUCUGCACUGCAUAGUAGCAUUCAAGAAACUGGAACACAGAGAAGUCCUAGUUGGCCUGUUGUUCCUGGUUUUCCCCUUCAUACCAGCUAGCAACCUCUUCUUCAGGGUGGGAUUUGUUGUGGCAGAGCGUGUCCUGUAUAUGCCUAGUAUGGGGUACUGCAUCCUCUUGGUCCACGGCUUAAACAAGCUUUGCACAUGGCUAAAUAAAUGGGGAGCCACUGCAGCGACCAUCUCAGCUUUGCUGCUGUUGCUGUUCUCCUGGAAAACUGUGAAACAGAAUGAAAUCUGGCUUUCAAGGGAGUCCCUUUUCAGGUCAGGAGUCCAGACUCUGCCCCAUAAUGCCAAAGUACACUACAACUAUGCCAAUUUUUUGAAAGACCAAGGACGCAACAGUGAAGCCAUCUACCACUACAAGACAGCACUCAAGUUGUACCCUCGUCAUGCAAGUGCCCUGAACAACCUUGGGACAUUGACCAAAGACCUGGCAGAGGCAAAGGAGUACUACAGCAGAGCCCUCCAGCUAAAUCCACAGCACAAUCGAGCUCUCUUCAAUCUUGGGAAUCUGCUCAAGUCCCAGGGGAAGAAGGAAGAAGCUGUUCUCCUACUAAGAGAUUCCAUUCAGUAUGGGCCAGAGUUCGCAGAUGCUUACUCCAGUCUUGCUUCACUGUUGGCUGAACAGGAUCAAUUAAAAGAAGCUGAGGAAGUCUAUCAGGCUGGAAUAGAGAACUGUCCGGAGAGCUCUGAUUUACAUAAUAACUACGGGGUUUUCUUAGUUGAUACCGGAUCUCCUGAGACUGCCAUUUCCCAUUACCAGAAGGCCAUCCAGCUAAGCCCCAGUCAUCACGUGGCCAUGGUGAACCUGGGCAGGCUGUACCGCUCCUUGGGGCAAAACAAAGAUGCUGAAGUUUGGUAUAAACGAGCACUGAAAGUAGCAUGGAAAGCUGCAAUCUUGUCUCCUCUUGGAGCUCUGUAUUACAACACAGGGCGAUACGAAGAUGCGCUAAAGGUGUACAGAGAAGCUGCAGUGCUGCAGCCAUCCAACAAGGAGACUCGGCUGGCCCUGGCUCAAGUUUUAGCGAUGAUUGGCCAAACCAAGGAAGCGGAACAAAUGACCAACCAUAUUGUGACCGAAGAGGCAGAGUGCCUGGAGUGCUACCGCCUUUUGUCAGCCAUCUACAGCAAGCAAGAGAAUUACAACAAGGCACUUGAAGCCAUAGACAAAGCUCUACAGCUGAAACCAAAGGACCCUAAAGUCAUAUCAGAACUGUUUUUCACUAAAGGAAACCAGCUAAGAGAGCAAAAUCACCUGGAUAAAGCUUUUGAGAGCUAUAAAGUGGCUGUAGACUUCAACCCAGAGCAAGCCCAAGCCUGGAUGAACAUGGGAGGGAUUGAGCAUAUCAAGGGUAACUACAUCACUGCACGUGGCUAUUAUAAAAAAGCGUUAGAGCUGGUUCCAGAUAGCAAGCUGCUGAAAGAGAAUUUGGCUAAAUUGGAUCGCUUAGAAAAACGGCUACAGGAGGUUCAAGAGAGAGGAUGAUGGGGACAGCCUGAUGAGUGUAAUGCCUCCUGGAGAUGAGUGGAUACUGUGGAAGCCCCGGUGUUCCCAUAUGACAGAAGCAACCUGAAAGGACCUGUGGGGGCCAAUGGUGACCCAGAAUAAGAAGGGCACACACUUGAAUCGCCAAAAGCUAUGGAAGUCCUGCUGUUUCUUUCUGGAUGUGCUGUGGAAUGGGUGAAAACCUUAUCUUAAUCCAGAUUUAUAUUUGGAUUUGUCUCACACUACUUGCCGUUCAUGCUGACAGUGGGAAAUGCUUAUGUAAUGUUCAGGUCUCUCAUGUGUUAAAAUAAUGGUGAUAAUAAUCAAGCGCAGGGAUGAUUGUGGGAAGUGAAAUGAUGGCCUGAUUCAACAAGGACUGGAGAAGAUGGUUCCCAUUAUUCAGUCUCACUAAAAGAAGAAUUUUACCAUAGAGGCCUACCAAAGCCAGGCUCCUGAUUGGCCAAGAAGAUGGUGGCAGCAGCCAAAGAGGGAAAGAGACAGUGGCAGCUCUUGCUGACAGAAAUAGCAGCCAUCUUCUAGGCCUUAACAGGGAUUCUGGUAGCAAUUCCUGGGAAGUAAUUGUCCGGUUGGUGCAGCUAGUUCUCAGCUGAAUAUUUUGAUCCUGAGGGUGAUUCCAGGAGAAGAAGUCUGUAAUACGAAAAGUCUUUUUUGUGGCAGUUUCCAUUCAAGAUAUCACAGCAAAGUUAGAAGCGUAGAUAGAUUUUCAUUUUCUCAGUCCAGACAAUAGGGUGCUUGCUGCUGUUGUUUUUGUGGAGAAUGAAAACAUCAGAUUGAAAAAAAGCAGGUCUGGGAAAAACCAAAAUAGCUCACCUCAUAUCAAUGAUAUUAAGGCCCACAGUUUCUCUUGAAACAUAAUUAGGUUGUUCAGAAUAUAGGAGCUGAGAUCCAAAGACCUCCCUCCAUGUAUGUAAGGUCCUUCCUAUGCACGCUGGAUUUUUUUCCCAACCACAGUUCCUUGUGCUACCUCGGAGGCUGACCCAGGAGGUCUCUGGAGUUUUCAGGGCAGCUUGUAAGUUGGUGGCACAAGGGGCUGUUGUGAGAACACAGGAAGCUGCCUUAUACUGAGUCAGACUAGCAUGGUCUACACUGACAGGCAGCGGCUCUUGAGGUUUUCAGAUGGGGGACAUCUCCAGUCCUACCUCGAGAUAACAGGGAUUGAACGUGGGAUCUUCUGCAUGCAAAGCAGAUGCUCAACCACUGAGCUACAACCCUUCUCCAAAGGAGGAAGGAAGGAAGGCCGGCCUCAGAAGGGCCACUAAGCACCCUCAACCCCCCUGAGUAGCCCUUUGGAUCUCAGCUAAGGAUAGAGAUAACAGGACCAUUUUUCAAAUGGCUACAAAGCUUUUGAAUUGAUUUGUUUAUGAAACUUGAGGGAACGAGUAAAGAAAGGGAUUUUUGAGGCACCUAUUUAUCCCCUUCAUAUGGAGAUUCCCCUUCCCCUUCUCCCAUUGAUUAAAAAGAGAGAGAGAGAGAGAUUAAAAUAUAACAGAGGAGAAGAAAGCUCACAGGGGUUGGGUUCCUUUUUUUAGUGUUAUUUAUUUAACUUUUCUUGUGGAGUAAGUGAUAGAUGAUAUCUUUCACUACUGGAAAUGUAACUAAACUUGUGGAUGUUGCCCUUAUUUUUAUGAAGCUAGAGAAGGUAGCACCCAUGGGGGGAAUGUAUGUGAAUAAUAGUUAAUAUUUCUAAAGGUAGCCAACAUGGUGCCCUUCAGAUUUUCUUGCAAUACAACUCCCAUCAGUCCCAGCCAGCAUAGCCAAUGGUCAGUGAUGAUGGGAGUUGUAGACCAACAGUAACUAGAGGGCACCAUAUUGGCUGCUCCUUUUUAGAGCAUAUUUCAGAUGUCUCAGAGCUCAAUGGAUUCUUGUCCUCCCAAACCUUAUUAAACCCUGGUAAAAUGAGGAUUACACAUGAUCCUUAAAAGAGCUCAGACCUCAUGUGCAUUGAAGGGGCUCAUGUUGUUAAGUGAAGAGACCCUCUGUCAACAAAACCACUGCACUUUUGGUUAUGUGAACAGAUCUGUGGAGACUCUUGAGGAAGAGGAGCUCUGGGUCUGUACUCAGCAUCACAGGAAACCAGCAGUAAUACUCUACUAAAACACGCAGCUCUGUAAUCCAACUUGUUCCUACCUCUUGCUAGAAAUAGGCCUCACCGAGGAUUGCUUCUGUUCAUGUUUUACAGUUUCUAUCAAGUGAGUACAGAUGACCAUUUACUAACUAAUAAUAUGUCAUGAUAUACAUGUAACUCUGUGAGCCCCUAGUUUGUAUCGACCUGCUAAUUAAUGAGGAAUGUGUUACCACACUUCCAGAAGAGUGGGGAGUAAGUAGUAAAUGCUUCUUGUCAGUUGCCAGGACAAUACCUACCCCCCCCACACACACAAGCUGUUUGAUUAAUGGUUGUCUGUACUUAACCAUUGUCACUAUAAUUAUCUGGGAAAACUUGACGUACAUUUUAAAUGCCUUAAGGCAUUCUAGAGUGGUAAAGAAGUGAAUCUUAAUAUCUUUCUUGGAAUAAAAGUAACAUUACUCUGGGUGGCCUUAAUAGUUAGACAGUGUGGCCCAGUAGAUCAAGAGCUGGGGGACCUGGGUUCAAGUUCCACUUUUGCUUAUGGACUUGGCCAAGUUAUUUUGUGUUAGCCUCCAUUCCCUAUCUGUAAAAUGGGUGUAGUACAUACAUUUCAUAUGGUUGUUGUGAAAGCAAAUGCAGUAAGAGUAAAAAUGCUGCAAAAAGUACAGAAGAUGGAACACCAAGGAACACAGAACCAGAUUUAUAUAUUUAUUAGUAAAUAUCCCUUCUUUUGCUUAAAUUCUUCAUACCACCCUGAGCAGAAAUCUGGAGGGGAAAAAAGUCUCCCAGCUGUUAAUCUUUGGCCUCGAGACAGGUAAAGUUAGUUAACAUGUCUAAGAUCCAUUAUAUCAUCUGCAUUUAUUUUAGCAUGCUUCUAAGUGCUAUUGGCUUUGGCAAAGUGUAAGCCCAAUUAUUAUAAAUAUUCUCAGUAAAACUAUUGUGGCAAAUACAACACAAUCCAUCAUGACGUUCUGCUGAGCAAACCCAGCUGAAAUAAAGAACUUCCUGACAGAUUGUGCAUAUAAGGUUUAAUCCAAUCAACGUUAGACAGGUUUUACAUGUGUUCACAUAAAGCAUUUUUGAGUCUUCUCCCACUGCUGCUGUGCAUGUGGGGGAAAAGGAAAUUCCAUUUUUAAAUGUGCUUGUAUCAAUAUUAAAUUGAUUGAUGGCCUUGCAAAAAUGUCGAUUUGCAAUCACAUCUCAACCUUCCAGGGUUUACAGUAUGUGUCACCUGUGAACAGAUGCAUUCUAGCUGAAGUGUACUUUUAAUCUUCUACCUACAAUUUCCCCCCCAUAGAGUUGUACACCAUUUGGAUUGAUAUGGGUUUGUUUGUUUUUUCAUUUUAAUCUUUCCUCCCUGCACAGAAGGAUGUGGGGGAACCUUAUCAGUUUCAUCCAUAAAGAUUUUUUUGCCACCUUCCUCAGUUAUAUGGAGAAACUGAAAUGGCUAGGAGGGAAGCCUUGUCAAUUUCAUAGAUACAGAUUUUCUUUUCUGUCUGUCCCUCUCAGCUUUCCAAUGAAGCUGAUGUAGUUGUGGGUCAAUUCUUCUCAAUUUCUUCAGUGCUGCCUCUUUUCCAUGCCUAUUUCCUAUUGCUGAAGAGGAGAGGGAAAGUUUCUGCUUUUCCUUCAAAAAAGCAUAUAUGCACAGAAGCUCUGGUGCAUAGCACACAUUAAAAUUUUAAUAAGAAGAUAAGAAAAACUGACAGACAACUUGUCA